AUGCCCUCACUGCUGGGCCUCCCCGAGGAGGUCCUCAGCCAGAUCGCCGAGCAGUCGCUGUGCCUCGGCGCUCCAGACGCUCCAAUCAACUCGAGGCGAACCUUUCGCAUCAAGGAGCGCGUCUUUCAUGAGCAUGCUGAGAGGGCAGCGCCCGUCAUACCGCUCUUAUUGACAUGUCGGCGGCUCAACGCCAUCGCAAGCUCCCUCUUGCUGAGCAGAGCCGUCUUUAGUGUAUGCGACACGCGGGACCUGCGACACCUGGUCGAGUCCAUGGGAGGCUCGACACUUUCACAAGUGAGAAACUUCUCAGUGAUGCUGUACUCAGACGACGACUAUGAGCACGACCCGCGCGACGAUGAGACCGCCCAAGAGGACAUCGAGGAAGCCACAGAGUUGCUCGAGCAGUUGCCGUCGAAGCUGCAUCGCCUUUGCUUGCAAAUGCCCUUUCACUCAUAUCCCCCUUUUUCGUACAAUAGGGGAACGGACAUACGCCUUAGGCAGGCCAUGGACAAGUUCGCCGGGUUGGAGGAGCUGCGGCUCGACUUCUUCACGCACUACGUCCAUAUCGACAUGUUCACCAAUAUGACCGCCAACGCGUACGCUACGUUCCAUGAAUGGGUCGAGCCGCCUGCGCCCAAGUUCCCGCUCCUCCGACGUCUCCACCUAGAGGGAUGUUUGACGCCCCUUCUCGGACCCAAGGGGCUCGCGACAGCCCUCUCCGAGUCCCAGCUACCGUGCUUGGAGGCGCUCAUCUUUGAGGGCAUAUUGCACGACAGCGACGAUGAGGACUCCCUGGUGUUCGAGCCGGAGGCCCUCACGACGAUGCACCCGCUGCACGAGUUCUGCUGGGUUCCGUAUGACUUUGACGAGGGGAUCCGCAAGACACUGGGCAACCCGCACUCGCCGCCGACGAGACGGCAUUUAGAUGAGCUGAAGGCGCGUCACGGGGCGACUCUGCGCGUGCUGAGGAUCGACUUUGGGGAGAGGGAGUCGUGUAUGGGGCCGUGGGAACUGGAUAUUGACCAAGGGUAUUUGGACGAGUUUAAGGAAGCCAUGCCGAACUUAAGUGAGGUUUCUCUCGAGAUGGGCAACAGCUGA